UGCCUCCAUUCCAUUCCAAGCAGCGCGCAGAGAUGAGCCGCCGCCGCAGCCCACGCCUGAAUCGCCAGACCCACGCCAGCCAGGCCGUGGCGAACGCCGGAAUGGCCAUCCGCCGUAGCCCGCGCCUCCACCCCCAAAUCCCCGUGAGCGCCGGAGCGACCCGCCGACGCAGCUCGCGCCUCAACCCCCAAAUCCACAUCGGUGAGGAGGGCGCCGGGUUGACCCGCCGGCGCAGCACGCGCCUCCACCUCCAAGUCCACGCGAGCGAUGAGGGUGGCGCCGUAAUAGGCCUCCGCCGAAGCCCGCGGCUCCACCCACAGAUCCCCGUGAGCGAGGAGGACGCCGGAGUGACCCGCCGUCGCAGCCCGCGGCUCAAUCCCCAAAUCCUCGCGAGCGACGAGGGUGGCGCCGUAAUAGGCCUCCGUCGCAGCCCGCGGCUCCACCCCCGCCUCCACAGGAGUGAGGAGGGCGCCGGAGUGACCAACCGCCGCAGCACGCGGCUCCACCCCCAAGUACACUCCAGCGAGGAGGGCUCCGGGAUGACACGCCGUCGCCGCCGCCGCGGUACCUCGCCGGCUGCGCCUGCCUCCCUGCCGGACGACGACGACAUGCUUCGGGAGAUCCUCAUGCGCCUGCCGCCUCAGCCGUCCUCCCUCCUGCGAGCCUCCGCCGUGUGCAAGCGCUGGCGACGCGUCACCACCGACCCCCGGUUCCUCUGCAGCUUCUCUGUCCACCACCGCAAGCCGCCACUCCUCGGCGUCUUUGAGAGAGAUGGCUACGACAUCGUGUUCACUCCGGUCCUGGACCCUCCCGACCGCAUCCCUCCGGAGCGCUUCAACACACUACAUCAGAUACGUGGCUUCCGGAAGGCCGAACUGCUGGGGUGCCGCCAAGGCCGCAUCCUCCUCCUGGAGAUGGACUGGUUCAUUGUAUGGGACCCCAUCACCGGCGAGCAUCACCAUGUCGACAUUCCACCAGCGUUCGAUAAGUUAUCCUACCUCUAUGGGGCUGUGCUCUGCGCUGCCACCGACCAGAGCCACAUGCAUGGCAGCUGCCACUCGAGCCCCUUUAAUUUGGUCUUGAUGUCCCCGUGCCAAGGCUACGAAGAUGGUACUCCACCCAUCGCUUGUGUAUACUCCUCGGAGACUGGGGUAUGGGGCAAUCCCAUCUUGACAACAAAUCGAUGUGAGUUUGCUCGAUGUAAUCCUGGGAUCCUUGUUGGUAAUGUCCUCUACUGGACGUCUAAGAGUGUGAAUGCCAAAUCAAAAUAUUUGAAUUUGGAUCAGCUCGGAGACGACAUAAUUGAGUUUGAUUUGGAUAGGCAGAGUCUUGCUGUGAUCAAGGGGCCUCCAGGUCUUAAUCAUUCCACCACACAUCAGAUAAUCCAGUCAGGGGAUUGUGAUGUUGGUCUUGCCAUAUUGUCUCAUGGUAGAUUUGAAAUGUGGGAGAGGAAGGUCAGCUGUCACGGUGGUGCCACAUGGUUCCUGCAGAAGAUUGUUGAAAUGCAUACUGUUUUUGGGCUCCCUCCUCAGGCUGAAGGAUUGGUGAGAGCGGUCGAAAUACUUGGGUAUGAUGAGGAAAAUGGUGCAAUGUUUUUAUUUGUGGACAACAAUGUCUACAUGGUUGAAGCAAUGUCAAUGCAAUCCAUGAAACUUUAUCAAUGCAGUCAUCACAGCUAUGCCAAUGACAUUCAUCCUUUCACAAGUUUCUAUGCACCAGCCAUUCCUGGUGGACGUGGCGGAGCUGGAAUGCUGCAAGAUAUGUAGGAUGACUGUCUGGUCUCCUGUGGUAAUAUGCUGGAAUGGUCCUAAAGGUGAAGUAGUCAAGGGCUGCUGUUGCCCCUAGUCCCUACCGAGUUUGUCGCGUUCCAUCAAUGUGGUCGGCAGUGUGUACAUACGUUAUGUGGAAGAAAUUGCUGAACAUGUGCCUUCGUUGAGUAAGUUUGUAAUGUGACAAGAUGCAUUUUAAUACCUAAACGAGGGAAGUAGUUCAGCUUCCCCAAGACAUCAUGGUUCACUUCAGAUUCCGUUGCAAUAUCUUCUUUUACAUGGUUGUGCUUGGCAGAUCUUUAUUUGGAAGCACGCUAGUAUGCACCCCGUUUAAGUAUGAACUGUUUAAUUUCCGUUUUUAUUAAAUAUGAACUCUGGUAUGUAGUAUGAACUUCGGCAAGCGUUUAUGUAUGAACUCCGGUGAUCUA